GGCAGGUUGUGACUGACCGAGCCGCACGUCCAUCGAGCAGAGAGGCGAGCACAUAUUUCGCAUCAUUUCUUACGCUGCGAGCGGGUCGGACGGAGGAGCAAGCCAUUUCAGUCGUCUACCUCGUCCGGUGUUUCAGAUGAUUUACUGUAAUCAAGAAGAAAGAAGGCUGAAUUCUGACAAACACCGCUGCCUCCCUCCCUCUGUGACCGAGGAGGGCACCCACCACCCAGGCCGUCAUCAGCAGCUGGUUUCGCAGCAAACGUUAGCGGCUAAUCGGCUAAUGUAAGGAGGAUUAACUCAUUUCAUUUUUAACCAUCACAAUGAUAAUGGAGGAGCUGUGUUUCGACUUUACGCCUGAACUUUCCCAGUUGUGAUGGAAAGGCAACACUGACUCAAGAGGGAACAUAAAUCCUGGAUGCCGUGACAUACAGGACGUGGUCAAUCCAAAAUGGAGAAAAAGAAAAUGUGCCCUCGCCUUCUUGACUACCUGGUGGUGGUUGGAGCAAGGCAACCAAGUAGCGACAGUGUGGCCCAGACACCUCAGCUCCUCCGCCGCUACCCACUGGAGGACCACCAUGACUUCCCACUCCCACCAGACGUGGUGUUUUUCUGCCAACCAGAGGGCUGCCUGAGCAUACGCCAGCGUAGGGUUAGCCUUCGUGACGACUCCUCAUUUGUUUUCACGCUGACCGACAAGGACUCAGGAAUCACCCGCUACGGAAUCUGCGUCAACUUCUACCGUUCUUUUCAGCGAGGACAUCACCGUACUCGUGGGGACAAGAGUGGCCAUACAGAGACAGCAGCACAAGCGGUCGAGACCGCUAGUGAAGGCUCUGAUGGCAGCGGUGGAGGCCCACCGCCCUCGCUGUCUCCACCUACCAAUGCUGAGUCGGCACCUCAGCCUGCCCCUGGAGAAGAGGGCGGACAACCAGGUGCUGAGCUAAAUGCUGGAAAGUCCCCACAGCACAGACGAAGCGCUGCAAAGAUGGCAGCCAGGAACCGCAACAGCACGCUGACCUCUCUGUGCAUACUCAGCCACUACCCCUUCUUCUCCACCUUUAGGGAAUGCUUAUAUAUUCUCAAGAGGCUGGUGGACUGCUGCAGUCAGAGGCUAACCCAACGAGCUGGGCUCCCUCGUGCCACCCAGAGGGACACCAUGUGGCGGGUGUUCACUGGGGCGCUGUCGGUGGAAGAGAAAGGCAGCCAGCUGCUGGCCGACCUGCGGGAGAUUGAAUCCUGGGUGUACCGGUUGCUGCGUUCACCCGUACCGGUGGCGGGUCAGAGGCGUGUGGAUGUGGAAGUCCUGCCCCAUGAACUCAAACGGCCACUCACAUUUGCCCUGCCUGACAACUCUCGCUUCUCCAUGGUUGACUUCCCCCUGCACCUGCCCUUAGAGCUGCUGGGUGUGGACGCCUGUCUUCAGGUCCUCAGCUGUGUCCUGCUAGAGCACAAGGUUAUUCUUCAAUCCAGAGAUUACAAUGCUUUGUCUAUGAGUGUCAUGGCCUUUGUGGCUAUGAUCUACCCUCUGGAGUAUAUGUUCCCCGUCAUCCCCUUACUGCCAACGUGCAUGGCCUCUGCCGAACAGCUCCUUCUUGCACCCACUCCCUACAUCAUCGGUGUACCGGCCAGCUUCUUCCUCUACAAAGCUGAUUUCAAAAUGCCGGAUGAUGUGUGGCUUGUGGACCUUGACAGCAGCAAGGUUAUAGCACCAACCAGUGCAGAGAUUCUACCACCUCUACCAGAGCCGGAAGCAGGCGAGCUUAAGAAGCAUCUGAAACAGUGUCUGGUUAGGUUGACCGUGAUCACCCAAAAGCAGAUCUUCUCCUCUGAAAAUAAGGCCUUAGCCAGUAUGAGUUUGAACACCCAACCCAUUCUGAACCUGGAGAAGUUCCAGGAAGGCCAAGAGAUGCCCCUGCUGCCACCUGGACGAGAUAAAGCUUCGCCGUCCUCCACAGAGUUCAACCCUCUAAUUUACGGCAAUGACGUUGAUUCUGUGGAUGUAGCUACCAGGGUCGCCAUGGUACGGUUCUUCAACUCCCCAAAUGUUCUCCAGGGGUUCCAGAUGCACACUCGCACCUUACGCCUCUUCCCUCGGCCCGUGGUGGCCUUUCAGUCGUCUUCUUUUCUUGCAUCUCGGCCACGACGCUCUUGCUUUGCGGAUAAACUUUCCCACACUCAGGCAGUGGAGUUCUAUGGAGAAUGGGCUCUCAACCCUACCAACCUCGCCUUUCAGAGGAUACAUAACAACGUGUUUGACCCCUCCUUAAUCGGAGAUAAGCCUAAGUGGUAUGCUCACCAGCUGCAGCCGGUGGUCUACCGAGUGUACGAUGGAAGCUCCCAGCUGGUUGAAGCUAUGGCUGGUCCCUUGGAGGAUGAGGGCAAUGAGUCUGACCCCACAGACAGUGGUAGUGACAGUGAGGCAUACGAUGACUCCAGCUCAUCCUAUUCCUCACUUGGAGACCUUGUGAGUGAGAUGAUCCAAGGAGACAUCCAGGGAGACACACCAAGUUUGGACCCGCCUACCCAUGCUGCACUGGGAGACGCUAGUGAGGUUGAGUUUCAGUGCUUUGAGGACUUCAGGGAAAGUCGUGGCUCGGAGGGUCCGCCCAGUGGGGACGGACCUGCCGAACCCUCUGAUGGACAACCUCUGCGCUCCAGCUCCAGCACAACUGCAAGCUCAAGCCCAAGCACAAUUAUCCAGGGAGUCAACCAUGAGCAGGGGGAAGCACCUGAAAUUGAAGCAUCAGCCAGCGCAGCUUUACAGAACCCUGUCCCCGCACUCAUCAGUCAGCCAUUCCUCAGACCUACAGCCGAUGCUGGCCUGGUGGACCCAGCCAACAAAAAGCAAGAGUAUGACAACCCAUACUUUGAGCCUCAGUACGGCUUCCCCUCAGAGGAUGACCCUGAUGCAGAAGAGCAAGUGGAGUCAUACACCCCUCGAUUCAACCAGAACCUCAAUGGCAACAAGGUACAGCGUCCUUUACGUCCCAGUAGCCUGAGGCUCCCGGGAGAGUCUGAUGGGGAGGGAGACUCCCGCAACAGCUCACCAAACUCCACCAUUUCCAACAGCAGCAAUGACGGGUUUGGAGGGCUCAUGUCCUUUGCCAGCAACCUUUACAAGAACCACGGCACCAGUUUCAGUCUGUCCAACCUUGCUCUUCCCAACAAGGCAGCGAGAGACAAAGCAACACCUUUCCCCAGUCUGAAAGGCGCACGUGCACCUCGAGCACUUGUGGACCAGAAGUCUUCAGUAAUCAAGCACAGUCCAACAGUAAAGAGAGAGUCGCCGUCUCCUCAGGGUCGAGUCAACAACACGAGUGAGAACCAGCAGUUCUUGAAGGAAGUGGUGCAGAGUGUUCUGGAUGGUCAGGGGGUCGGCUGGCUCAACAUGAAAAAAGUGCGCCGCCUGUUGGAGAACGAGCAGCUUCGCGUCUUCGUGCUGAGUAAGCUGAACAGAGCCAUCCAGUCGGAGGAGGAUGCCAGACAGGAGAUCAUACGUGAUGUGGAGGUGAGCAGAAAGGUGUACAAAGGCAUGCUGGACAUCUUGAAGUGCACAGUUUCCAGUCUGGAGCACUCUUAUACUAACGCAGGCCUCGGAGGAAUGGCCAGCGUGUUCAGCUUAUUGGAAAUAGCACGAACACAUUAUCAAACCAAAGACCCAGAAAAACGCAAGCGAAGCCCCACAGACAGUGCUGGCAGCCCAGGGAGUAAAGAGAGUCCUUCUGGUCGUAUGGAGACUGCCAGACCUCAGGGUCUUCUGAAUGUUCCUCACCUGCAGCUGCCGCACCACACAACGGGCAAAGGAGCCCGCCAUUUUGACACCCGGAGUCUGAACGAGGAGAACUUUAUUGCCUCGAUUGAAUUGUGGAGCAAGCACCAGGAUAAGCAAAAAGCUAUGGAAAAACCACAGAGGUCUGAAGGAGCAAAGCAGCAGCGCCCCCAGGUGACCGAUGCAGAGGAGAAGAAAUCACAGAUCAGUGCUGAUAGUGGCCUCAGUGUCACAUCUGGAUCUCAGAAGAGCGACACAGAGUCCGUGACGAGCUCUGAGCCACCGAUCCUGACGAGAAGCACCAGCCAGGACUCAGAGGCUAGCACAGUGAUAAGCAAUAGCUCUGGAGAGACUCUGGGAGCUGACAGUGAUCUGAGCAGCACAGCAGGAGAUGGCCUUGGUGGGAGAAUUGCUCCACAUUUAAAUCAGUCAAGAGGAACUCUUUCUGACAGUGAGAUUGAAACCAAUCCAGCCACCAGUACAGUGUUUGGAAAGACCCACACACUGAAACCAAGUGCAAAGGAUCAUGUACAUGCUAUGGCAAAGGGGCCGCCUGCACAGCCCAUGGAGGACAUCAGCAUGAGGAUUUACCUUUGUGAAGGCCUGCUGGGUAAGGAACGCUCCACGCUGUGGGACCAGCUGCAGUUCUGGGAGGAUGCCUACUUAGAUGCUGUGAUGUUGGAGCGUGAGGGCAUGGGCAUGGACCAGGGACCCCAGGAGAUGAUCGAAAGAUACUUGUCAUUAGGAGAGCAUGACCGUAAGCGUCUGGAGGAUGAUGAAGACAGACUUCUGGCCACACUGCUGCACAAUAUGAUUGCGUACAUGCUAAUGAUGAAAUUGAACAAAAAUGACAUCAGGAAGAAAGUGAGGCGUUUGAUGGGAAAGUCCCACAUUGGCCUCACGUACAGCCAAGAGAUCAAUGAGAUACUGGACAAACUGGCCAACAUGAAUGGCCGCGAGCUUCCCAUCAGGCCCAGCGGAAGCCGUCACAUCAAGAAGCAAACAUUUGUUGUACAUGCUGGCACCGAUACCACAGGAGACAUCUUUUUCAUGGAGGUUUGUGAUGACUGCAUAGUCCUGCGGAGCAACAUCGGCACAGUUUACGAGCGCUGGUGGUACGAGAAGCUCAUCAACAUGACCUACUGUCCUAAGACCAAGGUGCUGUGUCUCUGGAGACGCAACGGCCAAGAGACGCAACUCAACAAGUUCUAUACCAAAAAGUGUCGUGAACUCUACUACUGUGUUAAAGACAGCAUGGAAAGAGCUGCAGCUAGACAGCAAAGCAUUAAACCAGGUCCAGAGCUGGGCGGAGAGUUCCCUGUCCAGGACAUGAAAACUGGUGAAGGUGGACUGCUGCAGGUCACACUGGAAGGAAUCAACCUUAAAUUCAUGCACAGCCAGGUUUUCAUAGAGCUGAGUCACAUUAAAAAGUGCAAUACAGUGAAGGGAGUCUUUGUCCUGGAGGAAUUUGUUCCUGAAACUAAAGAAGUGGUGAUCCACAAGUACAAGACCCCCAUGGCACAUCAGAUCUGUUACUCCGUCCUCUGCCUUUUCUCCUACGUGGCAGCAGUGAAGGGGAAGGAGGCGGAAGGAAAACCCAAGAUUCUGUCACCGAGACCCCUUCCUAGCUAGUCUACACCCUGAGCCUUCUCUCCCCCCCCGUCUUCGGUGUGCCUCUCUACUUGAAAAGGCAUCUCAGCUCUAAAACCACAGACUCCUGACAAUCCCUUACUUUACUCUAAGCACACAAUCCCUGCCCCCUCCUCCUGUAUAUACAAGCCCACGACCCUUUUUCGACCCCGUUGUGUAGACGUGUUUGCUCUGUGAUGUCGUGUAAAUACUUCCAACGCCUCAUUGCUGUCGUCCUGAUGAUCAUACCAACUAGCUAAAUGUUUGCCUGCUCCUUAGCUCGGGAGGGGUCACUCCCCCUGAGCUCUUCUCCUCAGUGUGAAAGUCUUCUAUUGUUCCCGCUGCCAAGACCCACCUGUUUUUACCGAUAGGAGGAGAUUUGAGGGAUAGCCCCGAGGCACAGAGUGCAUGCAGGUCCCGUGCACAGCCUUGACAGCUCACUACAGAGUAGCCCCCCCCCCUCCUAUCCGUCUCCAUACGACUGUGUGAGUUAUUCUGUGAUAUGUGGUUACUGUAAAGUUCCAGUCUGUCCAAGUUUAAUCUGGUGAGACAUCCAGAGACCCUCUUGUAGUGCAGGACGUCCCAUACUGAAAAUGCUACUGUACACUGCACCGGAGCACCGCAUGUAAACGCUUCUUAAAAGUGUUUGAACCCUAAAAUAAUGUGAGUGUUCUCAGAUGUGUUCUCUUGCCCUAUAUCGGCCCGCCAGGCUGAAUUACUGUUCUAGUUCUGCUGUAAAACUUCUCGUCUGUGGUCUGCUGUUAUCAAUUGCAUGUUACUAUGAGGAUGAAAAAUAAAUAUUAUAUAUAUUUCUAUAUAUAGUAUUUAUUUAAUAUAUACAUAUAUUGACUGUACAUUUCUCUGGAAAAAAAUGUUACAAAUUGUUGAUUUGCUAGAUGUGCAAUACUUAAUAAGUAGUUAGCCAUUGCCAGAGCCAGGUUUUUCUUAAGUUAACUGGCGUUCACAGGGUGACGAAUGUAAGAAAGACCUUUUUCUUUUUUCUAUAGUACAUUGAAGUGAAUAUGAUGACUUCAGUUUGAUUGACUGUUUAAAGUUUGUCUCUUGAACUCUAAAAACAGCUGCUGCGUUGCUUUGGAGCAUUUUGCACUCAGGCCACACCCCCAGUCAGCGAUGUCACAGCAGGUGUUUUAAACAUCGGCAGGUGGUGCAGAUGAACGUCAGGUGUUGGCAGAGACGGUACAGUACCUUUUCCAUUUGAAUUCAGCCACCACAAUCAUGUGAAACACGUCUUUGAUAGUCUGAAAUGAGGUGGAAACCAAACAGACCUGGCUCAAAUCAGCGUUCGCUGUUCAAUGUGUGACUGCAGGGGGCGCUGUUGCAUGGUUAUUAUUCUGUCUUUAAAACAGCUUUGCAGUUUUUUGUUUUGUUUUUUUUUUAAUUCCAUGUAAAGGAUCACAUUUUAAGCUCAUAGUGACCUGUCGUCAGUCAAACGUUUAUUGAUCUCUACGUGGAAAAUUUUUUAAAAAAUCCUGCAUCCAGAUACUGUAACAGGUGUGGACUUUUGUUGUGUUCACAUCAGCCUCAGGGUUGUACUUCUGAGUUUCAGAAAUUUCCCACAACUGUGCUAUCAGCACUUGAAUUAACAAAAAUGAAUGUUUUUGAUCUGGUUUCACUUGUUAAUGAACCACUUUGAAUAUUUAACACAACAAAAUAAGCUAAAUUAGGUUUUUUUCAUAUGACGCGACUAUAAGGACAGCAGUGGGACUAACGCUGGACUAAUGUGUGAGCGCAGUUUUUCUUCCAAUUCUGUCAACAUUGCGCGAUGCAGCACAAUCAGUUUGUUAUUCAGACAUUAAAAUGGGAUGGCAGUUUUUGUAGAGGGUCCCUUUUCUGAUGGCCUUUGUCGAAAUAAUGACUUGUAUUCUGCUGCACCUGGAAAUCAGUGAAAUGCUGUCAUCUGCCUGGCCUCUCCGUCACCAGUUUUAAAGACUGAGUGAAACCACAGAAGUCAGAAAUUUAUGACACUGACCAUCAGAAAAUGGCUUUAUUGUAGGUGUAAAUUGGGGAAAGCAGCAUCGAAAUAUUUUCAGCCACUUGGCAUUUCUUGUAAUUAUGUCUGACUAAUAUUAACGGCAGCCACUUGUAGAAAGAAACAGCCAAGCAACAGCUGCCUGCAGUCACACGAGGACUGCGACUAAUUCAUCAUUUGGUCUGGAAAAUUGUUUGAAAUAUCUGUCGUAAUUUCUCAGAGUCGAAGUUAUUAAAAUUUGGAUUUCGUGCUGCCGCUCAGACAAAACUUUAGACUUAGAAAAACUUUCGCAUGUGAGAGGCUGAACAGAGCGUUUUUGCUCAUGAAACGACUGAACCGAUUUGCUUUUGGUCAGAGUGUUUCGUAUAAUUAAGGAGAAUUCAGGCCGUAACCAGCCCAGGGAAAACACCUGCUUUUACAUCGCAGAUUAGCUUCUGACCAAAGUACAAAAUCCUCCAAACUGCCAGCAGCAGUUUUGCAUCCUGUGAUUGAUCCUUCCGACGUGUUGAAGCCUACAGCUGUGGCCAUCUGCUCCCAGAGGAGAUCAGCGAGUCUUAAUGUUGUUUCUGUGGUAGUAAAGAACGGUUGAAUCUGGUCCUACCGCUGGCCCAUUACGUUUCACAGUGAAGAGUGUGUGUGCGUUUGUUUGUGUGUGUGUGUGUGCACAUGCGUUCAUGUGGUGAACAGUUUCUCCAGAUCAGCAAUAUAUCGGUACAGCUAUAUCACCGGAAGAUGUUUUUUUUUUUUUUUUUAUUCUGACAUGCUUGUACUUUUAGUCAUUGAACUGUGCAUAGGAAAGUAAUCAGUAGGAUAUCCAGAUGCUGUUGCGUUAAUGAAAAACACUACACGUCGGUGUAAAGAAGACUGAACUGGAUCUGCAGCAGCUCCAAAACUGGUGUGGUUGGUGGGAAUGGGACACAGCUCUUUCUGCUUAAGUUAAACGGACAUUUUUUUAAACUGGAUUAUUGCAACUCAUCUCUGUCAUUGUACUAGCCAGCUGCUGUAACGAGAGGGAAUAAAUGAAAUGAGAUGCCAGGUGUAAGUACUCCAGUAUUUGGAAAAAGUAUUUAUAGAAUAUGUACAGCUUUGGCAAUAUAAUAAAGUUGUCGCAUACAAAGCUCAGUGUAGUUCGUUGUCCUUUUCUGAAGAGGAAAAAAACGCACCAGAGGUCACACAACCUGUUGGUUAAAAAGUGGAAGACACAGUGAAGAGCUUUGAAGAUUUAUUUUAGAAAGCUGUGACUAUUCAGUUAAAAAAACAGUUUAACAAAAUGCUUGUUGAGUUUAAAAGUUUGCUUAAUGCUUUAAGCGCAUGUUGAAAAGUCCAGUGUGGAGGAUUUAAGGUGAUCUAUUGAGAGAAAUUAAAUCUGAUUCUGGUUUUAUGUAAUCACCUGAAAACAACACAUGUGCUUUUGUUACCUUAAAAUGAGCUUGUAUCCACAGAGGGAGCCAUGUUUCUACAGUAGCCCUGAAAGGACAAACCAAACUCAAGAGCGUCAUCGGGAAGGGUGAAGGCAGGGGUGCUCAGCUGGUUGCAAUUUGCAACCUCACCACUAGAUGCCACUAAAUCCUACACACUGGACCUCUAAGACUGGAGGAAAGAAAAAAGG